UGUGAUUAGAUGCACUUAGAUGUUUUUAUGCUACUGACCUAUAAGAAAAAAACAAACAAACAACUAAAAAGGGUAGCAGUACUGCUAGGACCUGCAGCCUUGAUACUUCUGCGAUGACCUGGGACCUCACAAGGAGAGAUUUUGUUACAGCGUAUUCACACCUCCUCUGAGCCCUCAGCCUAGAUUCAUACACAUUUCCUUCACUGCCAGUCAUCACCAGACACUGGCUCCCAGGAUGGCAGACAGUCUCCCAACAGAGUUUGAUGUGGUUAUUAUAGGGACAGGUUUGCCCGAAUCCAUCCUUGCCGCUGCAUGUUCAAGAAGUGGUCAGAGAGUUCUACAUAUUGAUUCAAGAAGUUACUAUGGAGGAAACUGGGCUAGCUUCACCUUUUCAGGAUUGCUCUCCUGGUUGGAGGAGUGUCAGCAAAACAGUGACACUGGGGACAAAAGUACUGCUGCUUGGGAAGGCCUGAUCCACGAAACAGAAGCAGCCAUCACUCUUCGUAGGAAGGAUGAGACCGUUCAACACACAGAAGUGUUCUGCUAUGCCAGUCAGGGUAUGGAUGACAAUGUUGAAGAGAUUGAUGCUUUGCACAAGAAUCCUUCCUUGGUAGCGUCUGGUACCCUCACUGAACCUCUGGAUUCUGCAUGCCUAUCUGAAGAAAUGCACUCAUACGUUACUACCCACGAAAUGCCUGCCAAGGACACUCCAAAAAACGAUGGGGCCAUUUUACUAGAAGUAACUGAUGUAGAGGGAACUCCGGCCAAAGAAAAAUCUUGUGGAGAUAAAACUUGUAUGCACACAGUUUCAGACGGAGAUAAAGGUGAAAACAAACCCACAGAAGAGGACAACACUGAGCAACCAAGGAGAAGAAGGAUCACUUACUCUCAAAUAGUUAAAGAAGGCCGGAAGUUUAAUAUUGACUUGGUAUCAAAGCUGCUGUAUGCUCAAGGCUCGCUCAUUGAGCUUUUAAUCAAAUCCGGUGUGAGUCGUUACGCUGAAUUUAAAAACGUCACUAGGAUUCUCGCAUUUCGAGACGGGAAAGUAGAGCAGGUGCCUUGUUCCAGAGCAGAUGUCUUUAACAGCAAAGACCUCACCAUGGUGGAAAAGAGGAUGCUAAUGAAGUUUCUCACAUUUUGUCUAGACUAUGAACAACAUCCUGAUGAAUACCAAGAUUUCAUACAGUGUUCCUUUGCAGACUACUUAAAAACUAAAAAAUUAACCCCCAACCUCCAACACUUUGUGUUACACUCAAUUGCAAUGACAGAGUCAUCCUGUACCACAGUAGACGGCCUUGAAGCAACAAAGCACUUCCUUCGGUGUCUUGGACGGUUUGGCAACACUCCAUUUUUGUUUCCCUUGUACGGCCAAGGAGAAAUUCCCCAGUGCUUCUGCAGGAUGUGUGCAGUUUUUGGUGGAAUCUAUUGUCUUCGCCAUCAAGUGCAAUGCCUUGUAGUUGACAAAGAGUCUGGGCGUUGUAAAGCGUUUAUAGAUCACUUGGGUCAAAGAGUAAAGGCUGAGCAUUUUAUCGUGGAGGACAGCUACCUUGCUGAGGAAGCGUGCUCAGGUGUGCAGUACAGGCAGAUCUCCAGGGCAGUGCUCAUCACAGAUCAGUCUGUACUAAAGACAGAUUCCGACCAGCAGAUUUCCAUCUUGGUAGUGCCUCCAGCAGAACCACACACGUGUGCUGUUCGUGUCACUGAAUUAUCUUCUUCAACCAUGACAUGCAUGAAAGACACCUAUCUGGUACAUCUCACCUGUUCGUCUUCUAAAACAGCAAGAGAAGACUUAGAACCAGUGGUGAAGACAUUAUUCACCCCAUAUGCUGAAACAGAAAUAGACAAGGAAGACCUUACAAAGCCAAGACUCUUGUGGGCUCUUUAUUUUAAUAUGAGAGAUUCCUCAGGGAUCAGCAGGAGCUCGUACAAUGGCUUACCUUCCAAUGUUUAUGUCUGCUCUGGGCCUGACUGUGGGCUGGGAAAUGAGCACGCAGUCAAGCAAGCUGAGACCCUUUUCCAGGAGAUCUUUCCAGGAGAAGAAUUCUGCCCCCCAGCUCCAAACCCAGAAGACAUUAUCUUGGGUGGCGAUGAUAAGCAACCAGAAGCUCCUGGAAACAAUAUAGCAAUGGCCAAACAAGGAUCCUCCGAAGGAAGCAAAAACCUAGAAAGCCCAGGGAAGCACCUUCAAAAUUAGCAAAAAAGGAAACUGGAAAUGCUACUUUGGGCCUUCGUCCUAGCACCAGAAUAUUCUCAUUUCAAGGACAGUUUCCUAUAUGAGUAACUAGUAGUGGUUAUAUAAGUACUAUGCAGGUGUUCACUUUAAUUCUG